AUGGAAUUGGCUACCUUGAACCUCAGCGCGGGGAACGGGAGCGAUCCAGAGCCUCCGGCUGAGGAGUCCAGGCCGCUGUUUGGCAUCGGUGUGGAGAACUUCAUCACGUUGGUGGUGUUUGGCCUGAUUUUCGCGAUGGGCGUGCUGGGCAACAGCUUGGUGAUCACUGUGCUGGCGCGCAGCAAACCUGGCAAGCCGCGCAGCACCACCAACCUGUUCAUUCUCAACCUGAGCAUCGCAGACCUGGCCUACCUGCUCUUUUGCAUCCCCUUCCAGGCCACCGUGUACGCACUGCCCACCUGGGUGCUGGGCGCCUUCAUCUGCAAGUUUAUACACUACUUCUUCACCGUCUCCAUGCUCGUGAGCAUCUUCACCUUGGCCGCAAUGUCUGUGGACCGCUACGUGGCCAUUGUGCACUCGCGGCGCUCCUCCUCUCUCAGGGUGUCCCGCAAUGCGCUGCUGGGCGUGGGCUUCAUCUGGGCGCUGUCCAUUGCCAUGGCCUCGCCAGUGGCCUACCACCAGCGCCUCUACCAUCGGGACAGCAACCAAACCUUCUGCUGGGAGCUUUGGCCCAACCAGCUCCACAAGAAGGCUUAUGUGGUGUGCACUUUCGUCUUUGGCUACCUUCUGCCUUUACUGCUGAUCUGCUUUUGCUAUGCCAAGGUCCUUAAUCAUCUGCAUAAAAAGUUGAAGAACAUGUCGAAAAAGUCAGAAGCAUCCAAGAAAAAGACUGCGCAGACUGUCCUGGUGGUGGUUGUGGUUUUUGGCAUAUCCUGGCUGCCCCAUCACAUCGUCCACCUCUGGGCUGAGUUCGGGGCGUUCCCGCUGACCCAAGCUUCAUUCUUCUUAAGGAUCACUGCCCACUGCCUGGCAUACAGCAACUCUUCGGUGAACCCCAUCAUAUAUGCCUUCCUCUCAGAAAACUUCCGGAAGGCGUACAAGCAAGUGUUCAAGUGCCACAUUUGCAAUGAAUCGGUCCCCAGCGACACUAAAGAAAACAAGAGCCGAAUAGACACCCCGCCAUCCACCAACUGCACCCACGUGUGAAGGCGCACUGGGACCGCCUGCCCCCCAGCUCCCAUGUGGGUAGAGAGAAGAGGAUGCAGUGGACAAUCACAAAACAUGGCAGCUCAUUCUCCUGACCACAAUCCAUAUCAUUCUAAAUACAUUCCACAGCUGUUAAGGUACUUUGAUUGUUGAGGAACUCGUGGGUCCACUGAAGUCCAAUUAGCUUCAUUAUGAAAUUGUAUUUCUGAAACAAAAGAAAAUUCUGUACAGCUGCUGUCUCUCAAGGAGUGAGAAUUCAGUAGCAUUCUACAAAUAAGUUCAGAUUCCACGGGACAAGGCCAGUCUGUAAAGCAGUAAAGAAUAUUUGAAAUCUACAUUUUUUUUUUUUUUGAGACAGAGUUUUGCUGUGGGAUUGUCCUGGCUGUCCUGGAACUCAC